AUGCGACGCUCUCUACUUGAGGGCCUGGCGGGCCUGGGCCUGGCCUUGGGCGUGUCUGCUUCCUGCCAGGAACAGCUUUACGACUACAUUGUUGUGGGUGGUGGCCCUUCCGGCAUCAUCACUGCUGAGAGGCUCGCCGAAGCCCAGAAGAAAGUGUUAUUGAUUGAACGAGGAUAUGGACCUACCGUUGCUACAGGCUCCAAUCACACUCUCAGCUGGAACGACACCCUCACUGAAAUCGACAUUCCCGGCUUGUCCGCAGGCAUUGCUUCGCUUGACGUAUGGAAAGAGUAUAUUUGCCAAGACACGCCGUCUUACGCAGCCUGUGUGCUGGGUGGCGGCGUUACGGUGAAUUACAUGGUUUUCGUGCACCCUCCGGAGCGCGAUUUCGAAAAUUGGCCGCAAGGUUGGCAGUGGGAGGAUGUUGCGUCUGCUGCCGAUAGACUGUACGAGCGGAACCCAGGCUCGACUCUACCAUCCGCCGAUGGCAAGCACUACGACGACGGACUGUACUCAGUCUUGUCCAACUUCUUCGACAACCUUGGCUGGAGCUCUGUGGACAUGAUCGACCAACCGAACGAGAAAUUCCAGGUUUACAGUCAUCCGGCGUGGAACAUCCAGGACGAGAAGCGCGCAGGACCUGUUCGCACCUACCUGCCUCUUGCCCAGCAGCGCGAGAACUUCACUCUUCAGCUUGGCACAAAGGUCAUCCGCCUGGUACGGUCAGGUUCUCAGGUCACCGGCGUCGAGGUCGAGACUGCUUCGGGCAGCCGCCAAAUCAUCAGACUUGCCCAGGACGGAAGAGUGGUUCUGUCCUCUGGUGCUUUGUCUACUCCGCGCAUCCUUUUCAAUUCCGGUAUUGGGCCUAGAUCCCAGAUUUUGAAUGCCCAGAAGGCCAACGUGACACUGCCCCCUGAGAAUGACUGGGUCGAAUUACCUGUGGGCUCGAACCUGAUGGACCACCCCAUCUUCUCCAUCGAGGUCAAGACCAACGGUACAUGGGGCCCUCUCGACGCUACCAGCGUUCUGAACGGUACCGACACGUCUUCGAUCGACUUGUACGAGCGUCAAAACUCGGGAGUGUUGACUGAAGGAAAGCACCGUGCCAUUUUCUUCACGUCAAAUGUCGGCAGCGAUGGCAUCACGCGGUAUUACCAGGGGUCCUGCGCACCAGCAGUUACUGGCGUAUUCAGCAUCACCGCGUACAUGACGCAUGGCUUGACUUCCACUGGAGUCUUGGGAAUGGAUGAGAAUGGAAACACUUUCUUCGAACAAUCGCCCUACCUCCAAACCGAUGGUGAUGUGGACGCCGCAGAGCUCUUCAUUCAGCAGAUGGUAGACGCCAUCACAGCACCAUCCACGGGGUUGACGCUUCAGACGUACACUAACACGAGUGCCAUCCUUGACACUCUCACAAACGGAAUCCACUACACCGGCACAGCGAAGAUGGGCGUUGACGACGGCCGUAAGAAUGGGACGUCAGUUGUGGACCUGAACACCAAGGUCUACGGAAUUGACAACCUGUUUAUUUCCGAUGCCAGUAUUCACCCUGACCUCCCCACCGGCAACCUUCAGGCAAUGGUUAUGAUUGUCGCGGAAGCAGCAGUUGCCAAGAUCCUCGCGUACGAGUAG